AUGCUGAGCCUGUAUCUGACAAGAGCUGCUCUCCGGAGCCCAUUGCUCUCCCAGCAAUCUCGCCUUUUUACCUCAUCUACCCGCACCCUCCUCCCGGCCAGCUUCGCCGGACCAUUACCUUCAUAUUUUCAAAAACCCCGACUUCCGGCAAAUACAAUUGUUCGCUUUGUUCCUCAACAGACGGCAUGGAUUGUCGAGCGCAUGGGUAAAUUCAACCGCAUCCUUGAACCAGGUUUAGCCGUCUUAAUACCGUUUAUUGAUCGCAUUGCCUAUGUCAAGAGCCUCAAGGAAGCUGCUAUUGAGAUUCCUAGCCAGAGUGCUAUUACUGCCGACAAUGUGACUCUUGAACUCGAUGGUGUACUCUAUACCCGGGUGUUCGAUGCUUAUAAAGCCAGCUAUGGCGUGGAAGAUGCGGAAUAUGCCAUCUCCCAACUUGCCCAGACGACUAUGCGGUCCGAGAUCGGUCAGCUUACUCUUGACCACGUCCUCAAGGAACGUGCAGCCCUCAACACCAACAUCACUGCUGCUAUCAACGACGCCGCCGAGGCAUGGGGUCUUACGUGUUUAAGAUACGAAAUUCGAGAUAUCCACGCCCCUGGCCCCGUUGUCGAGGCCAUGCACCGACAGGUCACAGCUGAGCGAUCCAAGCGAGCGGAAAUUCUCGACUCCGAGGGCCAGCGACAGAGUGCCAUCAACAUUGCCGAGGGUAAGAAGCAGAGUGUCAUUCUUGCCUCCGAAGCUUUACGUGCCGAGCGCAUCAAUGAGGCGGAUGGUGAGGCAGAGGCAAUCCUCCUUAAGGCUCGCGCCACAGCCGAAGGUAUCAAUGCCGUCUCCAAGGCCAUUCUCGAGGGCCGGGAAGGCGCCAAGGGUGCCAUCAGCUUGACUGUGGCUGAGAAGUACGUAGAGGCCUUUGGCAACCUGGCCAAAGAGGGUACUGCUGUUGUGGUCCCUGGCAAUGUUGGUGAUAUUGGUGGCAUGAUCGCUACUGGGCUGAGCGUGUAUGGAAAAGUUGGCGAAGCCCAAGCAAAGUCCAUGGCCAAGACUGCCAUCGAUACCUCUGCUUCAACAGAGCGCGGCGACAAGAAGGAAAUCGAACAGCCUAGAUCAGAAGAAGAGGCUGCGGCCAUAAGAAAGGAUGCGUUGAAGGAGAGCAUGCUGGAUGGCUUCGAUCAAACAACUGCCAGAAAAUGA